AUGGUGUAUGAGAGUGAAUCUUGCAGAAAUAUUACUUCUGCUGAAGAUCGUGGUAGGGCAUCGUCAGUCGUCGUGGAGCACCUGCGCGCUGCAAUCGUUCAGGCAAUGAAGAGUUCUGAGACGGCGGAGCUCGUCGCAUUAAUAUGUGACAACAACGGGCUAACGGUGGAGGAAUUUCUUCAGGCGCCGCAUGAAUUUACGGAAAUGGAACUUUUUCUGCUGGCGACACCACAGCUUCCUCAACUGCGCUUAUUUCCGUACCUUACCGUUGUUAAGGUCAUGCACGUUGGACUGGAAAGUAUGGAGCCUUUUUCACCUCUGCACCACAUAGAGGAGUUGUGGUUGUGCGAUAACAACAUCACUGUGAUUGAGGGCGUGCGGCAAAUGCGGAGCCUCAAAUAUCUUUAUUUGCAGGGCAAUCUUAUCGAGUCAAUGGAUGGUAUUCCGUCUCUUCCCAAUCUGGAAAGACUGUGGCUCUGUAGGAAUCGGCUCCAGAAUAUACGGAAGCUUGAUUUACUGCCGCAGUUACGGUCGCUGUGGGUCGCAUCGAACCGUAUCACGUCACUGGAGGGCGCUUUUGAUUCCAGUAUGACUGCAUUGGAGGAACUUAACUUGUCCAACAAUCAAAUAUAUUUCUUCGGACAAAUCAAGAAUUUGAGUGUUCUCAAAUCUCUUCGCGUUCUGUGGCUGAGUGACCCUAUGUACGGUGACGCCCCCAUUUAUCACUUGAGUAAUUACACUACCUUUUCAUUGCAACAUUUACCACACUUGGAGCAACUCGAUGGUGUUUCAAUUACGAUGGAGCAACGUUCAUUGACCGUGUCUGUGUACGCAAAAAAGAGCAUAUAUUACAGCAUGAGAGGGGCUAUACUCAACGGUAAUGUAGCUCUCAUGUAUAAAUUUGCGCAACAGGAGGCGGAGAAGAAACGCAACUUCGCGCGCGAUGCGAUACGUCGUUUGGAUAUACAACUGAUGAAGUUAGGCGAGUAUGGCCGUGACGGCCAAUAUGUGAGUCGAGUUGUAACCGCCGAAGAGGAAGCGCACCGUCAAACGCUGAAGCGUGCGCGAGAAACCCGGGAGGUGGAAUUAGAGGGGAUUGAAAGACAGUUAUUAGAAGCAUGGAGCCGGACCACGUUCGAAACGGAAAGUUUACACGAGAGACUGCUUCUAGAACUUAAUUCGUGUGGAAGCAUUCGACUAGAAGAAGGCUCUGAAGCCGAUAGUUGGUAUGUCAAUGCCGGGGAAUUGCUGACUUCGCGCUUUGACGCCGAUUUGUACGAAGGUAUGGGCGUGACGGGCGUAAAGGUGAAUCGCGUGUUUCGCAUUACCUGUCAGGGCCUGCGGGAGCGCUUUGACAACCGGAUACGUGAACUUGACGUUGACCUCGCAGAUACUCGAAACCGACGCGCACUAAUUCGUCUCUUUAGUGCAAUACCUCGACAUGCUAAAGACCAGCGUAGUUUCCUGUAUGAGGUAAUGACUAAUGGUUUUCCUGGACUCUAUGCUGAGGAUGAGGGUGUACCUUUAACGAACAGUUUGUUUUACGCGGAUCAAGAACGACUUCUUUCAUUGAAGAGGAAUCGGAAUAUAUUCGGUCUGACGUCGCAACCGGAUCAACUUUCCGCCCAGCUUUUGGUCUCACGCUUAUUCCUAGGCAAAUGUGUUGCAGAGAUGGGAGGCGGUCGGGACACCAGUUUGGAAGAAGGAGGUGAUAAGGCUGUCGAACAGCCUUUCAUGACCGGACGCCGCAAAGUCACGAGGCGACACUAUGGUGACGGGGUAUUUUCUGUUUAUCGCGCAUCCGAACACAACCCUGCUGUGAAGGUGUGGCACGUCUUUGAUAAGUGUCUCUUGCUUCCCGAGUACGUGAUUGAUUUUACGUACACGACGAAAGCGCACCUCACCAUCAGUCCUCCACUGUCCAUGUAUGAUAAAAGGGAAUCGUUACAAGCUCUGCUUGAUAAAGUAAUGCCUAUGGGCGCCCAAGACGCUAUCAACGACGCGCGGACGGCAGGAUAUCCACUGCUUCACUUCUUGCAUUGGUUGGACAGCAACGCCUUUCAUGUUUAUAGCAGUGGUGAGACGGAGAAGGCUAUUAGUCGCGCCAAGGAACUAUACCAACCUAAACACGGUCUGAUGCUUAUCAAUGGGCCACUCACUAAUGAACUAGUGGACUCAUACAUUAGCAACUACGGCACUCUUAGUGACUCUAUGUUAACAUAUUGUGACAUAUCUGAAAAGCAAAUUCAUUGCAUCCCAGAAUCACUCACCACUUCCGCGUGGGGAGCACUGAAAACACUUCUUCUACACCAUAAUAAAAUAACUACUGUUGCGUGGGAGGCCCUUGCAAACGCUGCUCCGACCCUCGAAACGUUAGACCUUGGAAACAAUGAAAUUGCGCGAAUCGAUCUCGGAGCUGCAUCGUUUCCAGGCCUGAAAAAAUUGUGUUUGAGCUUCAACAGCUGUAGUGCGAUGGAUGACCUGCGUCAGUUGCCGGCGAAGAUGCCGGAGUUGUGCUGCCUUCACAUAGACCAUAAUCCGUGGAUGAUGAACAAGGUUGUGGAGCCCUUUUGCGUUUCUAUCAUGCCAGAGUUGCAGCAACUCAAUGGUAUUGCCAUCUCAAGGCAUGCCCGCCUCAGCUAUUUACGGAAGCGAACUUUAAUGCUGAACCAGUCUACGUUGCAGUACAUAGUUUCUGAAGAGCAGAAAUUGCGCGCGGAGUCGGCGACCGAAGCAUUUCCCAACAGUGGGUGCGGGAAUGUGUUAGAUGACAGUAGUAGUAGUAACAAUAACAAUAGCGAUGUCUUUAGAUCACGCUACUUCGAGCAGGUGAUUGCGAACAUGGCUGAUAGGGUGAACCAGGAUCGCCCGUUCGCGCCAACUGCGGGGAAGGAGUUGUCAGGACCACCACUGAGAAGUGUUCGCGCCUUUUCAUUUCAUAGUAGUCUUAGCAGUGAUAUCAAGUGGGUCACACUACUGCCGCAGUUACGUCAUCUUAGUCUUACUUCUCACCUAAUAGAGGAUAUUAGUCCUCUGGCGCAGCUGCGGCAUCUUAGGACACUGAAUUUGAAUGACAAUCUUGUUAACUCAACAAAACCACUGGAAGGAAUGAGGUUAAUUUCCCUCGAUCUUUCUAGAAAUUGUCUUUAUGAGGUGGACGGUAUAGCAAGUCUUUGUGAUUUGCGGUUUCUCUCCAUCCGGCAGAACUUCAUCACCAGUGUUACGGAACUACAGAAUUGUCUUUCCCUUGAAGAACUAUACCUUGCAGACAAUAAUGUCCCCGAUGUACGUGAAUUGUGCUUGCUUCAGAGCUUACCGAAACUAGUUUCAAUGGACGCUGCGGGAAAUCUUUGUGCUGAGCGUGAGAACGCGGAGAAGCUCACGGAGUAUCGAGACUGUCUCUUGUACAAUAUGCCAAAGCUGAAGGUGCUUGAUGGUCUCCCUGUUGCGGAGGCCGACCAGCAACGUGCACGGGAUGUUUUUGCGGGACGUGUAAGCGCUGACUUACUUAUUGAGCGUGUGGGGCCCGUUGAAAUGUGGGGCACGGCUCAAGAGGUGGAUCUUUCACACUGCGGUUUGAGGGAGUUGACCUUACUCGAUCCCUUCAGUUGCCUCAGGGUGCUCCACUUGCAUCACAACAAUUUGGAACGGAUUGAUGGGCUCUCAUCCUUAACCAGUAUUGUUGCACUUGAUCUUUCCCACAACAGGUUGGGACAUUGCGCCGUUGGCCGAGUGCUACGGAAUCUUCCGAACAUUCAUUCACUUUCUCUCGAGGGUAAUCACAUUACUGAUGUUUCAGCCCUAAGCCUUGCUUUACCACGACUUCAAUUUCUGAAUCUCAAAGGGAACGAAAUUUCUUCGAUUGAAACGGGCUUACAAGACCUCCCAGCACUACGCGAACUACUGUUGGACAACAACAAAUUACGUGCCUUAGGACCCGAUUGCUUUGCGAACAAUCACCAGCUUACAGAUGUUUCAGCCGACGAAAAUUAUAUCCGCACCAUCGAUGGUCUGCAGUCGUUACCGAGGCUCUCAAUCUUGUCACUUGGGUCCAACCGACUUGGCGAUAUCCGUGCAAUCGCCCAGGUUCUGCGGCACAGCGGCUGCCUCGCUGCUGCCACCUUUAUAGGGAAUGCUGUUGCCCGUAAACCUCCGUAUCGCGUGCAUAUGAUAGCGGCACUUCCCACGCUAACAACUCUGGAUCAUCGUGAGAUUACUGAUGAUGAACGUGAGCGAGCUGAAUUGAUGCGUAACGCGGAGAUCGGUACUCCGCAUAAUGUCGUACUCGAUACAACUUUCCCCGCUGAAGCGGUGGGUGGUGCCCGAGCGAGUGCUCCUGUUGGGACCCUUCGCUCGAUUGUGUUACAUUCGCAUCGCUUUCCUGCCCCAGCAACCCCGCGCCUCCAACUGCCGGUAUGUAAAAACCCUCGUGGGGAGCAGCAUGGACGAGAGGGCGUUGGGAAGGGAUUUGCUCCGCGGCUACACGGUGCCCGUUAA